GUUAUGGCACCCAGUGUUCCAAAGGAAGCUUGGUCAGAAUGGUCGAAAUGGAGUGAAUGCUCAGCUCAGUGUGGUGGUAAUGGGAUGCAGAUACGGAAAAGGAUGUGUCUAGUUGAAGAUCAAUGGCACAGGCACUGCAAUGGACCUACAGAGGAGGGGCGCAGGUGUACUGGGAGACCUUGUGCAGGUAAUAUUAAGUGUACAAAUUUGCAUUGUGCAUCAUAGUUGAAUAAUAGCAUUUGUUUCAGAAUGAUUUAAGCCUACAUCACUAACAUCAAUGGGAUUUAUACAGGGUUAUUCAAUAAACUUAAAGCAAACAAAAAUUCCGAAUUGCAAAACUUAAGCAAAUAUAGCCAAUCUGGAAAAUUUCUCGAAUUGGCUUCAGUCACAAGCCUUAAUUAGUAUUAAUUUUGCCAUUUAGAUUUGAAUUCACUACAAUUCUGAAUUUAGUAAAUAACCUUGAUAGAACCUUGCCCAGCACUUGCCCAAUCACAUGCUUAGUGGGCACUAUAACAAAUCCAACAGUAGCAGCACCGGGGUACCCCACAUGACUACAAAAUAAUAAUUGUGUAAACAAUGUAGAUAUUGUCUUUGGAAAUUCAAGUCCUUUUGCUAAUAUUUUACGAAUAGUGAGAGAGAUGUAUCAGUGAUUUGAAAAUUGCAUUUUAUCUUAUUUUAUAAUAUGUUCAUGUUAUAUAGUUACAUAGUUACAUAGUUGAAAAGAGACUUGCGUCCAUCAAGUUCAGCCUUCCUCACAUCGUGUAUUAAAAUUGUUUUAAAAAUUGCCUAAAAAGUGUCAUAAUUUCUCUAUGUAAAUGUUACCAUUUUUUGCAGAAAUAUUCAUUCCAGAAAAGACUGCCAAAUUUAGAGUGGCGGAAAAGUAGAAGUGAAACAGAACAAUUUUCUGGCAGAGAAUGUGAUGGAAAGAUUAUUAAAUCCAUUGUGUCACUUGAAAAAAAUGGUGUACAUUCAAAAGUGAUACUUAAGGCGCAAAAAUAAAAUAAAUUAGGCUAGAGAACGCAUAUAAAGUGCAAAACUGUCUAGGACACUUUAAUGAAUCUCCCUCAAUGGGUUGCAAUAAAUCAAAUUAGACAUUAUGUUCCAAAGUGUGUACCUGAUCUGGGAUAAUAAAGGCAAAGUAGGCACCUGCUUACAAGCGCCUCCCCUGUAGGGGGCACCUAUUCUGCCUGUUAAAAUACCCCUCCCUCCUUCCAUCAUGUCUGCUGGCUCCAUCAUCUCUGGGAUUGGUGUAUUUAGUCUGGGGAGCCUGAUCUGCAGAAUUAAACAAGUUGCUAGUUUGCUUGCUUCCUUCUAGUUUUCAAACAUUGCUUUGUACUUCCUGCUUUCUGUUAUAGCUAUGUCUUGAAUGAUGUUCUUCGUUCUGAACGUGGUUCUUUUCACUAUCGCUUUUCAGCGACUUCAUUGCUAAAUAUAUGAAAGCAAUGAGGUUUAUGGUCGAUGUAAAAUUUGUGACAUACCCCCUCUUUUAAGAACAGCACAGUGUGUAUUCUGUGCACAGGUUUAAAGUGGCAUAAACUAUAAUCUAAGAACAUGUAUACGGCAUUUCAGAAUGUUUGUAAACAAUAGGUACCAAGAUACUUCCGGGUGGCAGAACGCGAGCAACUUCCACUGUAUUGGCUCUACAUUCCAAAUGAUUCUUGGGGAAAUUCUACCCAGAAGGGCCUGUGAGUAAUGCAAAGAAACAAGGUAUUUUACUGGGAGGCAGUAGUAGAAGACAAGGCUUUAACUAAAGAUAUUAAUACGGAUGUUCACCUCAUCACCAGCUUGGCAGACAUGUGUACUCAAUGAAAGAGUAGGUACAAGUAUGGAAGUAAGGUGUAUCGCUCCUUGAUUGCUUUCUUUAUCAACAAAGUACUGCCUUCAAAGUAUUACCACCGGGAAGAACGUCUCGUAUGUGUAGUUGCUCAGUAGUGGGGACUGGAGCACCAUGGCAGAAGGACAGCACGAGCAGCUGCAGCAGCAGUUUUACAUAGAUCUUCCCAAAGUGGCGAGACACUUACUUUAAUGGGCUUAGCAAAGGCAUAGUCUUAAAGCAGCCAGGGCGUAGAUUUUGGCACUGCUGCUGUAGAUCACAAGGCCAAUGAUUCUCAGACAGACUGCAGGCUGGCUGAGCCUAAUGGGAAACGUACUCCAUGAUAACUCAAAAGUAAAAUGCUUAGCUAUCACUGUCUUGAAGUGCUGGAGUAUGUGUUGUUUUUAUUCUGUGAAUAUUGUCAGCCGUGGUUUACAGAGACUGCAGUAAAUGAGAAUUAAAUAAAUCUAGAUUUCUCCCCCCAUCAAUUUCUUUCCCCCCCUGUAAAUUUCUUUCUCCCCCUCCCUGUCAAUUUCUUUCUCCCCCCCUGUCAAUUUAUUCCCCAUCAUCAAUUUAUUUCUCCCCCUCCUGUCAAUUUUUUUUUUUUUUUUUUUUUUUUAUUUUAAUUCUUUAUUUUUGCUGUGCAUGAAAUAAUUUUGCAUAUCAACAAUGCCACAACAGCAAUCGCAAUCAAUUUACAGACACUUAUUUGUCAACUGUUGUAUAGCAUAGAGGACACGCACACAUUUUUUUUUUUAGGGUAAUAAUACAAGUUAAGUACAAGCUUAGUAACUACGUCUGUCUUUUGAAUUACAUUGUCGAUUAGUACCAGUAGCUUAGGGUUAAUAUUUAUGUCGCGUGUCAUCGCUUCAUUAUCUAGACAUUGACAUGGUUAUGCCUGACUAUGCUUAAGUGAGAGACAUACAUUUUGUACAGUAACAGUUGGUCUAAGUAGUCGUGACAUGCAAUAGUUGAGACUGUGAGUUUGCACUUUAGGUUAUAAUAGACUAUGCAGUGCUGACUAACAAAAUAUAUCUAUUUCUAUUAAGGUUUCCAACUUUAGCUAAGAUUCUCAUUAAAGUAGGGUGCCACCAGGCAGAGCAUCAUACAUUCAGUUAUUUCCUUCUAUACAUAUAAAGCUCAAGUAAAGCUGAACUAUAUACAGGGUCAUAUGCAGAGGAUAUGCACGUUAUUCAAUGACUGCAACUACAGUGAUAUCUGGUAUAGCUAUUCAUGUCAUACUAUAUAUUGUGCUUCUUAUUAUGAACGGCUGGGGUCACCGUCAGCUCCAGCCCAGCGCAAAGCCUGAGGUAAUCUGGUUGUGUUCCAUGCCCAGGUGUGGGGUGAGUCCCUUGAUAUUACCCCAUGAAUUCCACUUGUUCCUAAUGUCCCGGUUGUUGGGUAGGUUUGCCAUGUCUUGCGAGCCUUGAUGUAUUGUCGAGGGCUAUAGCACCAUGCGGUCAGUGGGUAAAGCUGGGUGUUCUGUUUGUUCUUCCAGCCCUGGUCGUUAGUGGAGCUUGCUUGCAGAGUGCCCUUCUGGGGUUGCCGCUUUGAGAUGGGCAUGUGGAGGAAAUGCUGGCUGUGGUGGUUCUCAUUUGUCAGCUUGUAUGUUCCAGGGCUGUUACGUGGGGGCAUGAGAGCCCUCAGGGACCCCCGGUGGUAGCAGGUUGUGAGCACAGAGUGAUCACCUUCUGUCGAUGCAGUUGCUGUGCCUCCGUCAGCCAUUUUGGUGAGACCGCGUGGGAUCCUCACUCCGGCUUCAGACCAUUCAGGUGAGACGUUUAGGCAUUAGCCCGCCUGGUGGGGACCGGGAUGACCCCCCCGGCCCAUGGGGGGGGAAGCAGGACCAGGAAGGUACCAAGUAGAUGGUGAUUUACUGCAGUCGGAGUGGAGAGCGAGGCAGCGGCCGUCCACCCCGCUCCCCUCCCGGGUAGGCCUCAAUCCCCGAGCGCCAGAGUCUCUCACCAGGACCUAGAGCCACCCUGCGGCGGGCGCUCCAGCUACACUGGGACACUUCAGGGCUUCAUGUCAUGGACCCCCGGGUCCGUAUAAGUCGGGUAAAGUGGAUAUAUUGCCUUUUUUCCUUUGUUUGCUCAGGAGCCCGUGUGAUAUGCAGCCUGCUGGCAUGGCCGCCCGGCCCCGCCCCCCCGUCAAUUUAUUUCUCCCCCUCCCUGUCAAUUUAUUUCUCCCCCCAUCAAUUUAUUUCUCCCCCCCCCUGUCAAUUUCUUCCCCGUCAAUUUCUUUCCCAGUUUCUUUCCCUCCCUGUCAAUUUCUUUCUCCCCAAUGUCAAUUUAUUCCCCAUCAAUUUAUUUCCCCCUGUCAAUUUAUUUCUCCCCAGUCAAUUUAUUCCCCUGUCAAUUUUCUUUCUCCCCUCCCUGUCAUUUAUUUCUCCCCCCGUCAAUUUAUUUCUCCCAAUCCCCAUCAAUUUCUCCCCUGUCAUUUCUCCCCGAUCAAUUUCUUUCUCCCCCCUCCCCUACCUCUGUUGUAAGCGUGGCGGAGCCCUAUAUGGUCCGGUACAGGGGCUCGGACUACAAGGAAGUGCACACUCAGUGCGCACUUCCUGUUAGUCCAGCCGGGUACGGGAGACAGAUGCUCCCUGUACGCACAGACCAUACAGGGCUCGGCCAUGCUACAGUGAGGGAGUGACAGGAGGGAGCGUUGAUCGCUUCCCUCCUGUCAGCCCCUCUCCUCAUGCUGCGCCCGGGCGGUGUGCCCUCAUGGACGCACCAGCCCGGCCAAAGCUGCAGCCGCCUGAGGCUCUCUGCUGAGAGCUCGCACAGCUGCUGCAUGAGGGGGGACGGCGUUCCUGGCGGCUGCCUAGUCCGCCUAACAGGUAGCGCCGGCCCUGGGGGGAGGUGCUCCCCUUCCCAGUCUGCCCCGCAUGAUUUGCUGGGGGGGAUGCGUCCCCUCCAUCCCCCCCGGUUCCUACAACCAUGCCUCCAUCCACUCAGAUCUGCUGUCAGCAGAGCACAGAGCAGCACUGUGCACAGCAUCCUGUGAUUCAGUAUCUCCUCCCACUGCAUGCAGAUACUGAACUUUCCUCAUAGAGAUUCAUUGAUUCAAUUCAUCUCUAUGAGGAGAUGCUGAUUGGCCAGGGCUUUGAAUCAUGCUGGCUCUGCCCCUGAUCUGCCUCCUUGUCAGUCUCAUCCAAUCCUAUGGGGAAGCACUUUGAUUGGAUCAGGCCACCACUUCUGAUGAUGUCAGCAGACUGUUUUGUGUUUUUUUAGACAAACCGCAUGCAGAGUUACAGCUUCUGGCUUGAAUACAGUAAGAUUUUUACUAUAUUUAUGGAGGCAUGAGGGGCCCAUGGUGGCUAGAUGGUGGUGUUAACACUAUAGGGUCAGGAAUACAUGUAGUUGCACUGGUGACUAUAGUGUCCCUUUAAUGGUAGAUGGGUUUAGUUUAAUCUGUAGAUAUGCACCUGUUGUUUUACAAUUCUCUUUAUCUCAAUAUGGAAGUAAUGUUGAGAGAUUGAGAUGAUGGUUCAGUUAUAUUUACAGUUUUUGCCUGGUAAUUCUAUAAGCAGUACAGCUUUCAUCGGAGAACGCUUCAGCUUUUCCACCCGGAAGAACGUCUAGUAUUCUUGUGAUGUCAUGGUGAAUUGUAGUAUAUAAAGAGAAUGUUAGCUCAAACAGAGACACUUCAAAGGCUUGGCACACUUGCUGAUAACUUUUUUAUGUAAGGCACAAAACCAGGAUACACCACUGGUUGCGGCAGUUACCACGGCAACGCAUUAAAUCUCGCGAGAGUGAACUCUAGCCCUGGAGCGCGGGCUAGAGUUCACUCCUACCACUGGGACCACCAGGGAAUCCCCACCGGACCACCAGGGACUAAGAAAUGUCCCCCCUCCUCCCAGUAAAGGUAAGAAGGGAGGGGGGGACAUAACAAAUUUUAUUUAAAUUAAAUUAAAUAAAUAAAAAAAACAUAUAAGAAGGGUUUGGGGGCUUUUUUAUGUGUUGUUUUAAAAAAAAAAAAUUAUGUAUGUAUGUGGGAAGUGUAUGUGUGUGGGGGGCAAUGUGUGUGAUAAGAAGGGUAGGGGGAUUUUUUUUUAUAAUCACACACACACAUUGCUCCCCCCCCCUCCCCACACACACAUACACUACCCCCAUACACACACACUGCCCCAUACACACACACACUGCCCCACAUACACUGCAAUCCUCACACACACACACACACACACUGCAAAUGUCACACACAAAUACUGACCCACACACACACUGCCCCCCUAACACACACACACGGCACCCCUGACAUAUACUGCAUCCCUCACUCACACACUGCAACCUUCACACACACACACACACACACACACUGCUCACACACUGCCCCCCUCACAAACACACUGCACCCCUUACACAUUGCACCACUCACACACACCACUGCUCCUAUGCCCUACUGCAGCCCCAUUUCCCAGCAGACCUCAGGUAAGUUGUCAAACUGUUCUUAAACGGUUUCACUACUUACUCUGGGAGGGGGCCUGGCACUAUUGACACCAUAACCACUACACUGAGCUGUAGUGGUUAUUGUAUCUGGAUUAUUUCUUUAAAUAAUCUACAAGUGCCCCUUCCGAGAUCAGGCUCUGGAUCCGCCAAUGUCUGCCACACUAUACACAAAUAUUGGCACAUAUUGAAAUAGAAGAUCAGAAAAUGAAAGGGAAAGUUUGAGGUUUAAAAAGCUUCUUUGAAUUUCCAAUUUGUUUCAUUUUUUUUUCACCUGCCUAGCAGUAUCAAAGCACAGAGUAGCAUGAUGGUGAAUUAUGACACUUGAUAUAGUCCUUUUAGCAACCAGUAUCAUAACCUAGCUGUUCAGAUCCUAAGAAUUGUUCAGGAAGAAUGACCUCAGACAUUACUGAAUUACAUAGGUGGGCAAUUAAAAUAGUAUGCAGAAACACUAAAAUAACAAUUUAUUGGACACAAGAUGCCAAGAGUUAAAGGAACACUGUUGUCAUUUUUUUUUCAAAUCUUAAUAUAUUUGUGCUAAUGAGCAUUAAGCAUUGGGUCAGAUUAUCGCUCAUCCCUCUGAUGGUGCAUCAACAUGACUUUAAGUGAGAGUGAGAGUGAAAAGGAGGGAGCUGGUUUCUUCAGAAAUCUCAAUAUACAUUUAGUAAAAAAAAAAAAAGACUAAGAAAUUGAUAUGUUGUAGCAUAAAGAUUAUACUAAGAUAGUAAAAAAAAAAUAAAAAAAUGAUGACAAUGUUAAUUUAAGGAACCGAGAUACAUUUUUCAUUACAGCUUGCAUUGAGGUCUAUUGAUUCCAAGGUUCUGUCUUUUUUUUAACUCUGUUGGUUACUUCUUCUCACUUGGUCUGUGAACUAAAUGAUGUAAAAAUGCUCCUAUCAGUGUACUGCAAAAUAUAACAUAGUAUUUACAAAAUGUGUCCAAAUUAAAAGGCCACAUUGGAAAAAUCCAACUAGUCAGAAACACUGAAUUUUUCGAUAUGCACAAGUCUACUAGUUCCUGUAAUGUAGUAUUACAUUUCUUAAAGCAAGUAUCUUAAAUCUAGUGUAUUUGCUUUUAAACCUUCGUGGGUACAGGUGAAUAGGUAAGUACCUGAUUGCUUGAGAAAUAACAUCCCUCUCAGCCUCAUUCGUAUUUUCAGUGCAAAUUAAUUUUAAAAGGAAAGGCAGUAAAGGAUGUUUCGCGUGUAUUAGAUCCUAGGCCUUUGUGAUGAAGCAAACAGUUUAAUGAUGUUUACACAACAGACAAAAAGUUCAUGGGGAUAUUGUAAAGAUAUAUCAUUGAAUGCCAUAUGGUACAGUUUAUCUACAGUUGACAUUUUGUAUCUCCUCUCUUCAGCCUGCGAUAUCAGCUGUUCUGUAGGCCAAGUGAGUGCAGACUGCAAUGUUUGUGAGUGCAAGAAUCACAUUCUAUAUGGCACCGUCACCCUUCCUGAUGGCGCACCUGCUGCCGGAGUCAACGUCUACGUCAUGGGGAAGAAACCUAAAUUUGAAGCAGUAUCAGAUGCCCACGGACAGUUCCAAGUGUCAAAAGUCUGUCCUUACAAUGUAUUGCAGUUAAAAUUAGAAAAGUAUGCGGUCGUCCAUGUAAAAGUUCCUCAGAGUAACGGUACAUCAUCCAUUCAAGUCUCUUUUAAGAGAAAAGGUAAAAUUACUGGAAAACUCAUAUUAUAAUGGAGUCAAAGAAUGUCAUAAAAAUGUGUGAUACAUGUAUUUAACAAUUCUUAUAUAGCUCCUCUAUCUAAAGUAAUUUAGCUUAGCAAUGAUAGAAAGAUAGGUAAUUCCAUACAUAUGCUCAGAAACCAUUUUGGUGACAUAGGGAACCUGUCAUGCAAUCUAUUCAGUGACCUCAUAUUUUUGCUCACCACAAACCUUAGGUAUUCAUUCUUAUUAAUAAUAUCUAUUAUUUAUCUAGCUCAGGGGUAGGCAACCUUCGGCACUCCAGAUGUUGUGGACUACAUUUUGCUUUGCCAGUAUUAUGGCUGUAAGAGCAUAAUGUGAGAUGUAGUCCACAACGUCUGGAGUGCCGAAGGUUGCCUACUCCUGAUAGUUUUCUCUAUGUUUGUGUCAAAUAUUUGAUCCUUUUUGAAAGAAAGUAUCUAGAUUAGUAUUAGCAUUAGUACAUUUUUUCAGUGGGCUUUGUACUGUUCUAAUACUGUCAUUUAAAAAAACGAUACUGAGGCUUAUCUUUAUUUUUAUAAUCUAUUGGUCAUGUUGAACAGGGACCUUGUCUGUGGCACAGGCAGCCAAAGUUGGUAGAUUCAUCAUUUGCCCAUGCACAUUUUUAUUUGUAAAAUAAAUACUUUCAAUACUAUCAUUAACAGAGCCCGAACAUGUUUUCUAUUACUAACAAAUCUUAUUUAAUAUCACUCUGUUAGUAUAAACUUGCUUCAAUAUACUUUUUUGUUUAUCAUAAUGUCUUUAUAGGAAAGCCUUACAUGUUGGAGAAUCCCACGAGCAAAGUUAGGAGAGUGGGGCAAAGUGUGACAUUCUGUUGUGAAGCUAAAGGGGAGCCAGCCAUUGAACAGUAUCUCUGGUGAGUCAUGGUAACACCACAGAAACUAACUACUGUCUUGGAGGCAUCAUCACUGGAAACCCUGGAUAUCAAAACUUUGGGCCAACAAACAAUAUUUUAAACAUGUCAAGUACACGUUAGCCUUAUUUUCUCUGUGCUGAUAUAGUUUUAUCAUAUGUUGCCAGGUCCACCCUUGGAUGGAAUAAAAAUAAUAUCUAGAAAAAUAUGGCAUGGCAUGGCAUGGCAUGGGUAGAAAGGCACAAAUGGGGAACAUGAGACGAUGGACAUAAGGGAGGAUAAGGGCAGAGGGACAUAAGGUGGGGACAGGAAGAGAAGUACUCAAAUGGGUAAAUAUGGGCCAAGGGGCAUACAAUGUUGACGGGGCAGAGGAACACAAUUAGGGUACAUGGGCAGAAAGACACAAAUUACAGAUAUGAGUAGAGGGUCAUAAGUGGAGGAUAUGGGCAGAGGGACAUAAGGGGGAUGAGGAGAUAUGAACAGAGGGACACUGGAUUGGAAAAUGGGCAGAGGGACACAAUUACAGGAUAUGGAAAGAUGGACACGAGGUCGGAUGAGAGGAUAUGGGUAGAGAGACAUAAGUGACAGAAAGAGAGGAAUAUGUGAAAAAGAUCACAGUUGGCAUGUACAAAUGAAUAGAGGGGGUGGAAAGAGAUACAAAGAGGCAGAUGGGUGAAGUGCACUAGUAGGGAAUAAUCAGUAUAGACAAACAUAAUGCAUAAACACACACCUGCAUACAUUGAUCCCAACCUAUUACUUCACUGCAUUUACACACUAGCAUUACAUUACAUUUCUGAGCCAUGUCAAAAUAAGAGUAUUCUCUAAACUACAAACAUUAGAAAACAUAAAUCUGAAUUGCAAAAUUAGGGCUAAUAUAUGACUAUACUAGAAAAUGACUUUCCUGUUACUGGUCACUGAAACCAGAACCAGGACUGUCAGCUGGACAAAAUAUUAGUAGAUAAUAGAUAAUUAAAUCAAAAUUGCCAUCAAUAUGUCGGAAUAUAGAGAGGGUUCAUACGUAGAUUCAAGUGAUUAAAAUAGCCUAAAUGGCUCUUCUCCUGUCUAAAGGACUCUUAGACGUAAAGAAUCUAUUUGAGACUCAGGACUUUAAUAUAAUCAACCAUAGUAUGUCCAUGUCAACAGUAAAAGCGGUUGUGGAAUGAGCCUUUAAAUUAACUCCUGUAAUCUAGAUGGAAAAGACAAUCAGUCAAGGAGGAACUUUGAAUAUUGGCUGUAUAUAAAGUAACACUUGUAGCAAAGCCCGCUGUAUCAAAAAAGCUACAAUAAGAGUGUAGUUAAGCAAUCAGCAAUUAAGGAUAACAGCAUUUAGCUGGAUACCAAGUAACAUAUAAUAAAAGGAAAAAAGUCUACAUGAAAAUUCGUAGAUUAAUCACAAAAUAUGUCAUAAAUGAUAAAUCUUAAGUUAGUGGUUUCCUAAAUCGCUAUGGGGUACAAAGAGUAUCUGUUGCCCCCUCAAAUACAUACAGAGCCAGUCCAGAUUCCUCAAUCAAAUAGAUAAUUCCAAUCUAGAUAGCAUAUCAGGAGUGACAGGAGGAAAAGGUGAAAAAUUAGGAAAUAAUAGUGCUAAUGUGUAGAACCAUGCUUAGAGUGCUGGUUACCUACACAUCGUGAAAUAGUGCCCUAGAAGUGAAAAUAAAAAGUGAGUGAAAGUGAAGGAGAAAAACCUCCUUCAACCCGACGCGCGUUUCGGUGCUGUGAUGCACCUUCGUCAGGGGCUGAAUUCGUUAUGGACCCUAGACCUUGUUUAAAUACCCCUGGUAUUGUAACUGUUGAGAGGAUUCCACCAAUCAGGGUUCCUAUGUGGACCGUCAGUUGGCGCCAAAAUGACGUCAGAAUAUGCUAAUUCGCUGUUUAAAUAAAGAAAAAAAAAAAAAGGCUCCAAUCAGGGUUAAGUCCACCUCUACAUUGUGUGGUUUAUAUUUAACCCUGUAUGUACUCAUUGGAUGGAGUGACUUGCUUCAUAGAAUAGGGAAAGGACGAAGGUGAAUAUAUCUGUGUAAAUUUUAUAAUCAGAGACGAAUGAUUCGUCAAGAAAUUUAUAUCAUGUAAAAUCAGUGUAUUGCUAUCACAAGGCAUUGUUUGAGAAGUAGACGGUUCAUCAUGGGUUAUCUGGACGCCUGUGGGAUCAUGAGAAUGGGUAGAGAGGCUUUGAGCGAAAAACCUCUAAAAAGUGAAAAUAAGGGAUUUUAACCCUCGCUCAGCCAUGGGGACCUAAUACCUAUCCCAGGAUAUCAUAAGGAUUAUAUAAAUAUGGGCGGUCAGGUUAACUGUACUUCCUAUUAGGGUAAUGAUCAUUUCAUUAUCAAGCCUCAUUCUCGAUUUACGGGCGGAAUUAACCCCCGCUAUACUGUUCUUAGCAGUCAUGUGAAAAUAGUAGUAGCUGAGCUUAUACCCAAAAUUCCCAUGUGCGGGUAUUAUCAAUGGCUUGAUGUUCGUAAAUAAAUUGCCAGAUACUCAUAUACCAGUGUGUCUACAUAAAUACUAGGUGAUAAAUGCCUCUGAUAUACAUAAUCAAAUAUUGAGGCUUUUUAUAAUGCAGAUAAAUUCGUCAGUUCUUAUUCUUACUAAAUGGAGAUUAGUAUUUCGGUAAUCGAAAUUUGUCCAGCCAUUCCCAUUGGCAGUAUCAAUUCAAUUUGUCAAUUUAGAUGGCUGGUACGUUGUGCUAGUCCAUAUAUCCAAAUAACGUGUAUAGUAUUAUAAAUAGGAGAUGGAGGGAAAAGUAGCAUACGAUAUAUUAAAUUUUAAGUAAUUUAUAUAACUUUUAAUGGAUCAUGUGUCAUCAUGGGAUCAGAGUGAUCGGUCAUGUGUAAAUCUUACUGGACAUAAUUUACUCAAAUGAGUGAGUUAUAUAGUAUAAUUAAAGUGUAUCCAGAAGAUACCCACUAGACAGGCUAUAAUAAUGAGGGCUGUAUACCUUCUUUGAGCCACUAGGGGUCAGUCACAGACAUACCAGGGGUAAAUUUCCAUAUUGAAUGUAUCUAAGUAGUAUUUACUCUUUUGAUGGAUUAAUUUCCAAUUAUUAAAUAGUAAAUUAAUGAAGUGUUGCUAGGGAAGAACCGGUAUUUAAUCAGGGAUAAAGGGAGUGUAUGAGAAUCCUUCGUUAAGGCCCAAGGGGGAUAAAGUUUUUAAUUUAAAUAUCCAGACGCUCUCUCGCUGUAAGAGUCUUUUGUCCAGAUCUCCCUUCCUUGGUCCCAACUUUAUUUUUUCUACUCCAUUAAAGCGUAAGCCCUGUGCAGAGCCGGCAUGUUUAAUUUUCAAAUGUCUUGAUAUAGAUGUAUCUAUCUGUCUAGAUGGAUUCACAGAGUUUAUGUGUUCAAGGAUGCGGGUUUUAAACUGUCUACAAAAGGAGAAAAGCCUAUUAAUACAAAGUAGCCAGAUCAUUAAUUUGUCGUCUCAUCAACUCACUCCCCUUGAGUCCCAGGUGCUUGGAAGAGGGCUGGCCUUUGUCACUACACCCAAGUUCGAUAAGUUUGUGUGGACAAAGGACAUCCAUCUUUUCGCACGCAAGUUGGCGUUACAUAAGUUUCAUGAGAUUCAAAAAUCUAAAAAGGCAUUAAGACUGGGGUUGGAGGUUAAGGAUAUGGAUCUUCUUGACAAUUUAGUUGAUCUCCUCAACAGCAAUGACCUCCCUACGAAGAAGCAAGCACCCUUCACGAAUCUGAAACUUAGAAGUAAAUUCACACCAUAUAUUUCGGAGUUUAAAUACAUCGACCUCUUUGUUGAACUGACAUGCAAAGAAAUUGAGGGUAUGAGUGAUGAUUUUUAUUCCUCUGACCAUUUUGAUAAUUUGAGUCAAGCUGAAAGAAAAGCUCUCAAUACACUAAGACAGAAUGACUCAAUUAUCAUAAAGGCUUCAGACAAAGGGGGCAACAUAGUCGUUAUGAAUAAAACCGCUUAUAUUGAAAUGGUCAGCAGAAUCCUAGACGACAAAGACACAUAUAUGAUUCUGAGCUCAGACCCCACAGCUAAAUAUCUAAAUGAAUUAAAAGGAAUACUAGAGGAAGCACUUCAGUCCAAUCUCAUUUCUAAGGAUGAAUUUAAAUUUAUGUUCAAUAAAAAACCAGUGAUAGCUACUUUUUAUGCUUUACCAAAAAUUCAUAAACAGCACAAAACAUUGUCAGGGAGACCUAUCGUUUCAGGCAAUAAUAAUCUGACGCAGAAUUGUAGUGUGUAUAUUGAACACAUCCUUCGUGAUCUAGUUAAGUCUCUUCCUUCUCAUUUGAGAGACACUAAGCAGACCCUCAGCAUCCUCAAAGAUAUGAAAAUUCCGGCCAAAGCAAGCCUUUGUAGCCUAGAUGUUGAGGGUCUGUAUAGUUCUAUUCCCCAUGAUGUUGGUAUCAGACACGUUAGAACGUUUCUGUAUAUGAGAGACCCUACCCGCAAUGAACACAAUGAGUUUGUCCUCAGACUGUUGAGGUUUAUAUUGACUCAUAAUUACUUCCUCUUUAAAGGCAACUACUAUCACCAGGUGAAGGGCACAGCGAUGGGUACGACUUGUGCACCAUCCUAUGCCAACCUUCACCUGGGGUGGUGGGAAAGUAACAUUGUCUUCAACCCUAGUCUCGAUAAAUUUAGCGUACACAUAAACCUAUGGAAACGCUAUAUCGAUGACAUUUUGAUAGUGUGGACAGGUCCGAUUGAUCUAUUCCAUGAAUUCGUGGAAGUACUCAAUGUGAAUGAGAUUAACCUUAAAUUCACUUUCGAUAUAGGUGAUAAAAGACUGAAUUUUUUGGACCUAACUCUCGAAAUUUCUCAUAACAACGAUUUCACCACCACGCUUUUCAAAAAACCAACUGCAACCAAUAACUUUCUGAACUGGGAGAGUCAUCACCCCCUGCUUUAAAAAGUGGGAUACCGACAGGCCAAUAUCUCAGACUAAGGAGGAAUUGUUCCUCCCAAGAAGAUUUUAAAAUAAAAGCACAGACCCUGAGAUCCCUUUUUAAAGCCAAGGGAUAUCCAAACAAGUGUCUAAAAAGAGCUUAUCACAGGGCACUAGCUACUGAAAGGACCAACCUUCUGUCCGAAAAGUCCCCCCCCCAAAACAAAAAUCAGGAAAUAAUAAGAUGUAUUGGAACCUUUGAUUCGGGUUGGGACGGUAUGAAAAAAAAAAAACACUAGAGAGAUUCUGGCCACUACUGUACCAAGAUACACAUCUUAAAGAUGUGCUGACACCCCACGUAUCGAUUACAGCAAGGAGAGGUCAGAACCUAAAAGAUAUUUUGGUUCCAAGCCAUUUAUCUCUCCCAAAACCUACUAACACCUGGCUUAAAUCGCCUGCUGCCGGCACCUUUCAGUGCGGCAAGUGUAAGGCCUGUAAACUUAUCCGGAAACAAUCGAAAUCAUUCUCUAACUCGGAUAAUACUGAGAUACACACAACUAAAACCUUCUUUAACUGCAAAACCGAGGGCCUAAUAUACCUCAUUACUUGCAGUUGCAAUUUGAAAUACGUGGGGAAGACUUUCAGACAGUUUAAAACCCGCAUCCUUGAACACAUAAACUCUGUGAAUCCAUCUAGACAGAUAGAUACAUCUAUAUCAAGACAUUUGAAAAUUAAACAUGCCGGCUCUGCACAGGGCUUACGCUUUAAUGGAGUAGAAAAAAUAAAGUUGGGACCAAGGAAGGGAGAUCUGGACAAAAGACUCUUACAGCGAGAGAGCUUCUGGAUAUUUAAAUUAAAAACUUUAUCCCCCUUGGGCCUUAACGAAGGAUUCUCAUACACUCCCUUUAUCCCUGAUUAAAUACCGGUUCUUCCCUAGCAACACUUCAUUAAUUUACUAUUUAAUAAUUGGAAAUUAAUCCAUCAAAAGAGUAAAUACUACUUAGAUACAUUCAAUAUGGAAAUUUACCCCUGGUAUGUCUGUGACUGACCCCUAGUGGCUCAAAGAAGGUAUACAGCCCUCAUUAUUAUAGCCUGUCUAGUGGGUAUCUUCUGGAUACACUUUAAUUAUACUAUAUAACUCACUCAUUUGAGUAAAUUAUGUCCAGUAAGAUUUACACAUGACCGAUCACUCUGAUCCCAUGAUGACACAUGAUCCAUUAAAAGUUAUAUAAAUUACUUAAAAUUUAAUAUAUCGUAUGCUACUUUUCCCUCCAUCUCCUAUUUAUAAUACUAUACACGUUAUUUGGAUAUAUGGACUAGCACAACGUACCAGCCAUCUAAAUUGACAAAUUGAAUUGAUACUGCCAAUGGGAAUGGCUGGACAAAUUGCGAUUACCGAAAUACUAAUCUCCAUUUAGUAAGAAUAAGAACUGACGAAUUUAUCUGCAUUAUAAAAAGCCUCAAUAUUUGAUUAUGUAUAUCAGAGGCAUUUAUCACCUAGUAUUUAUGUAGACACACUGGUAUAUGAGUAUCUGGCAAUUUAUUUACGAACAUCAAGCCAUUGAUAAUACCCGCACAUGGGAAUUUUGGGUAUAAGCUCAGCUACUACUAUUUUCACAUGACUGCUAAGAACAGUAUAGCGGGGGUUAAUUCCGCCCGUAAAUCGAGAAUGAGGCUUGAUAAUGAAAUGAUCAUUACCCUAAUAGGAAGUACAGUUAACCUGACCGCCCAUAUUUAUAUAAUCCUUAUGAUAUCCUGGGAUAGGUAUUAGGUCCCCAUGGCUGAGCGAGGGUUAAAAUCCCUUAUUUUCACUUUUUAGAGGUUUUUUGCUCAAAGCCUCUCUACCCAUUCUCAUGAUCCCACAGGCGUCCAGAUAACCCAUGAUGAACCGUCUACUUCUCAAACAAUGCCUUGUGAUAGCAAUACACUGAUUUUACAUGAUAUAAAUUUCUUGACGAAUCAUUCGUCUCUGAUUAUAAAAUUUACACAGAUAUAUUCACCUUCGUCCUUUCCCUAUUCUAUGAAGCAAGUCACUCCAUCCAAUGAGUACAUACAGGGUUAAAUAUAAACCACACAAUGUAGAGGUGGACUUAACCCUGAUUGGAGUUUUCUUCCUUUUUUUUUUUUUCUUUAUUUAAACAGCGAAUUAGCAUAUUCUGACGUCAUUUUGGCGCCAACUGACGGUCCACACAGGAACCCUGAUUGGUGGAAUCCUCUCAACAGUUACAAUACCAGGGGUAUUUAAACAAGGUCUAGGGUCCAUAACGAAUUCAGCCCCUGACGAAGGUGCAUCACAGCACCGAAACGCGCGUCGGGUUGAAGGAGGUUUUUCUCCUUCACUUUCACUCACUUUUUAUUUUCACUUCUAGGGCACUAUUUCACGAUGUGUAGGUAACCAGCACUCUAAGCAUGGUUCUACACAUUAGCACUAUUAUUUCCUAAUUUUUCACCUUUUCCUCCUGUCACUCCUGAUAUGCUAUCUAGAUUGGAAUUAUCUAUUUGAUUGAGGAAUCUGGACUGGCUCUGUAUGUAUUUGAGGGGGCAACAGAUACUCUUUGUACCCCAUAGCGAUUUAGGAAACCACUAACUUAAGAUUUAUCAUUUAUGACAUAUUUUGUGAUUAAUCUACGAAUUUUCAUGUAGACUUUUUUCCUUUUAUUAUAUGUUACUUGGUAUCCAGCUAAAUGCUGUUAUCCUUAAUUGCUGAUUGCUUAACUACACUCUUAUUGUAGCUUUUUUGAUACAGCGGGCUUUGCUACAAGUGUUACUUUAUAUACAGCCAAUAUUCAAAGUUCCUCCUUGACUGAUUGUCUUUUCCAUCUAGAUUACAGGAGUUAAUUUAAAGGCUCAUUCCACAACCGCUUUUACUGUUGACAUGGACAUACUAUGGUUGAUUAUAUUAAAGUCCUGAGUCUCAAAUAGAUUCUUUACGUCUAAGAGUCCUUUAGACAGGAGAAGAGCCAUUUAGGCUAUUUUAAUCACUUGAAUCUACGUAUGAACCCUCUCUAUAUUCCGACAUAUUGAUGGCAAUUUUGAUUUAAUUAUCUAUUAUCUACUAAUAUUUUGUCCAGCUGACAGUCCUGGUUCUGGUUUCAGUGACCAGUAACAGGAAAGUCAUUUUCUAAUACUUCCAUUUUGGGGUUAUGCCCCUUGACACCACUGGAGUGUCAUUUAAAGGUGUGACUGACCACUAGGAGGGUGGUAUAUUCAAGUCUGGAAUAACCACUACCUUUGGCCUAGUCAAUUUCUACUACUAAUAUAUGACUAUAGCUCACCUGGAGAAUGUCUUUAAAUCAGCUUUGAUCCAUGUUAUGGUGCAAGGAAGUCCCCGGUCGCUGGCUUAAAUCAAAGGAUUAAACUGUUAACAAAUGGUUUAACCUCAAAGUGUUGAAUUUGGUGCCCCUGUCCAAGGCUUCCUGAUCCAAGCCUCGGACAGUGGAGGAUGUUUGUGUGUAAAGUGAUUGUGCACCACAUUGGGGUUAAACCAUUCAAUAAAAGUUUAAUCCCUUGAGGUAAGUCACUGCCCGGGGAUCUUCUCGCACCAUAACAAUUUAAUUCUGAUGAUGUUGAUAUGGUGCCCAGAGGAUUCCUUUAAUAUAUAAAUUGGUUUUAAAUUCAAUCCAGGGUUAAGUGAAUAACUUACAGUAUACAGAAUAACUGACAGAAAUGUGCAUUCUACUUUAAGUGUUGUUGUUUUUUUUUUUUUUUUAGUUGACCUGCAAAUAAAUAAUCUAACAGUGUCCCUUCCGAAAUUGGGCUCUGGAUCUGACCAUGCUAACAACUCCAUCUACACACAAUGUUUAUUUUUCAUGAUGAAAAUGAAAUAAUUUAUAUGCCAAAGGGAGACUCCUUGCAUCCUUUCAUCAAAACCACUACAAGUAGCUUUGUGGUUAUGGUGUAAGGGGAGAGGGGCGUAGUUACUCUUUUGUCAAACUUCUUUCAACCAAGUGCCUUCCGAGGUUCACAUUCUCUGCCUGUGAUAUUAUAUUAGUUUAUGCUCUGAAUUAAAUUUACAAUCACUAUCACAAUAAUAGCUUUAAUGUGUCUACAUCUCAUAUUUCUGGGUAUGGAAACAGUAUUACAAAUGGAUGGAGAAUUAAAAGUUUUUCAAAAUUUUUAUUACUCUCUUCUGUCACUUUUUGUUGUAAAGGUAUCACAAUGGAACUCUGCUGAACCAAAACAUGCGCAAAAAUAGUAACCAGCUGGUCUUGCGCAAACUGCAGAUAAGCCAAGCGGGAGAGUAUUACUGCAAGGCCAAGAACGAGGCAGGAUUUGUGAAAUCCCAGGCUGCCACACUUACACUGAUUGGUAAGCAGGAAUAAUGCGCAGAGCUAUGCUGAACAACGUGUAAAUGUACAAUAGUAGAGUAAAUGUACAAUAUUGAUAAUAAUUGAGUAGAUAAAGUUUUUUUAACUUUUCAAUUCUUUAUUUUAUUUGGGUCACAUCAAAUCAUUAAUGACACAAUACAAUAGUUCAAAAUACCCAAAUAUUUUUAAACAAUUAAAGAGGCACUAUAUGUACACUCUGCAUGAGGACAACCAGCAUCAGUGAAAUCCCCAUAGAGACAAAGCUUUCCUUGCACUCACCGCGCAUGCACAUUAGGCCCCCCCCUUCAGAUGACAUUGGGAAGAGACGUUGCCCCAAACAGGCCUGAAAGACAUUGGUGCUGGAAUUAAACCCGUUCUGUGCUAGAGGGGGGGGUCUGCAAGGGAGGGGGAGACCAGAGGGCUAAUACUAUAGAAUCCCUUUAAAUGUUUACAGAGCAUUGACAAGUUAAUUAGGCAUCUACAUUCAGUAGCUUAUGUUUCGUUAUGAGUUAAAAUCUUUUGAACACUGCAAACAUUAUGUCAGUUGUUUUUGAUGUGGAAAACUUCCACACACAUCUUUUCCCAUUUUUUUCCAUUUGCACCCCUCCUACUUACCUAUUGGUAAGUAAUCCUUGGUGGUCCAGUGCAGACCACACUGGGUAGGGAAAUCCAUUGUAGUUUGGAUGGGGACCAUUACUUGGCCCCUCUAUCAGGUGAAGCUCACUUUAAUAGCUCCCUGCUAGUCCUGAUGAGAAGUGCCGGGACUGAGAGGGAGCUCUUAAAGUGAUCUUCACCUGAGGUACCGACCAACGGUUCCCCACCAGACUACCUUGAGGUAGUCAGGAGCUGCAUGGUCGAGGUAAUCCCUGUCAAAGACAGAGACAGAGGUCCAGGCUUGCCUAUGAUGUCUUAUGGGUAAUCCAGCUACUAUAGUGGUUAUGGUGCCACAAGUGCUCUAGUAAUCCCCCACCCCCACAAGUGAGUAGUCAAACCGUUAUCUAAAUUUUUGAAUGCUGGUCUGGAGUCCUCCUGGCUAAAUCAGAUUUGAUGUUGGAAAUCAAUAGACUGCUUAUGAUGCUACUACUAUGAUGCAAAACAUCUAAGUAAAGGUACUCAAGGGUGUUGUAUUUAUACUCUCUAAUUCAUGUAUGCAAUCAUUAUUUCAGUUCAACCACAUUAACAUAUUCUCAUAUUAAUAAUUUAUCUGCAGCUGAACAAGCUCUGUCCUGCAAACCAAAACCCGAAGAACAUCUUAUCCGACUCCCUCAUGACUGCUUUCAAGAUGCCACAAAUUCCUUAUACUAUAAUGUGGGAAAGUGCCCUGCCAGUGGUUGCCCUGGGGAUCUGGACAAUGGAUUACGGUGUAAAGACGCAGUGCCCUAUUGCUGUGGAAUCACAAAAACAGAGGUCAAAGUGAUAACUUGUCAGGGUUAUACACUUCCUAUUAAGGUGGCUGUACAAUGUGGUUGCCAAAAGUGUACAGAGAGUAGAAUAAUUGUCCGUGGGAGAGCAAUUGCAGCUGAUACUGGGGAGCCAAUGCGUUUUGGGCAUAUCUACAUGGGAAAUUCCAGAGUUAGCAUCACUGGUUAUAAGGGGACUUUCUCUAUUCAUGUUCCUGCAGAAACGGAAAGGCUUGUCCUUACUUUUGUUGACCGGCUUCAGAAGUUUGUGAACACCACCAAAGUACUUCCAUUUAACAAAAAGGGGGGUGCUGUCUUUCAUGAAGUACAUCUCCUUAGAAAGAAGAAACCAGUGAUACUGGACUCCAAGAAGACAAACCAAAUAUCUUUGGGAGACGUAGAAAAUGAGGAUCCUAUAGCUGAGCUGGAAAUCCCCCCAAAUUCUUUCUAUCGGCAAAAUGGGGAAGAGUAUAGUGGUAAAGUGAAGGCAAGUGUUACAUUUUUGGACCCACGAAACAUAUCAACAGCUACUGCUGCACAAAGUGACCUAAAUUUUGUCAAUGAGGAAGGAGAUACUAUGCCACUGCGCUCCUAUGGAAUGUUUUCUGUGGACUUUACAGAUGAAGAAGCCAAGGAAAGCCUAAAUGCAGGAGCUGUUAAAGUCUAUCUUGAUUCUGCACAAGUAAAGAUGUCUGAACACCUUGAGAAAAUGAAAUUGUGGUCUUUGAAUCCAGAAACUGGGCUUUGGGAGGAAGAGGGUGACUUUUUGAGACAAGCAGUUCGACGUGGAAAAAGAGAGGAGAGAACCUUUCUUGUUGGCAAUAUGGAAAUUAGAGAAAGAAGACUGUUUAAUUUAGAUGUACCUGAAAGCAGGAGAUGUUAUGUGAAGGUCCGAGUUUUCAGAAGUGAAAGGUUUUUGCCAAGUGAACAAGUUGAAGGUGUUGUCGUGAACCUGAUUAAUAUGGAGCCAAUGUCAGGGUUCUCUUCUAAUCCAAGAGCCUGGGGUCGUUUUGACAGUGCGAUAACUGGUUCUAAUGGAGCCUGUCUGCCAGCAUUUUGUGAUGACAAGAGCCCAGAUGCCUAUUCAGCAUUUGUAACGGCCACUUUAGGAGGAGAAGAACUGGAAGCAGUGGAAUCUUCUCCUAAAUUCAACCCAAACAUAAUUGGUGUUCCUCAGCCCUACCUAAACAAAUUAAACUACAGAAGAACAGAUCAUGAUGAUCCCAAAAUCAAGAAGACAGCUUUUAGCAUUAAUGUAGCUAAGCCAAACCCCAAUGCCGCUGAAGAAAGCAAUGGCCCUGUCUAUGCCUAUGACAAACUUCGUGAGUGUGAAGAGGCACCAUACAAUUCUGCUCAUUUUAGGUUUUAUAGGGUAGAAGGAGAUAGGUAUGAUUUUAACACUGUGGCUUUCAAUGAGGAUGACCCUAUGGGUUGGACAGCUGACUAUUUAGCUUGGUGGCCCAAACCAAUGGAGUACCGUGCUUGUUAUAUGAAAGUUAAAAUUGUUGGUCCUCAAGAGCUGAUCGUGAGAUCCCGAAACAUGGGGGGUACCCACCCACAAACAACAGGCCAGCUAUAUGGUAUUCGAGAUGUACGGAGUACUAGAGACCAGGAGGAGUCUAACCUAUCCACAGCGUGUGUAGAAUUCAAAUGUAGUGGCAUGUUGUAUGACCAGGACAGAGUGGAUCGAACACUAGUAAAGAUUGUACCCCAAGGAAGCUGCAGAAGAGAAAAUAUAAACAGCAUGCUGCACGAAUACUUAAUCAACCAUCUGCCAAUGGCAGUCAAUAACGAUACGAAUGAGUACACUAUGCUGGCUCCUCUUGACCCACUUGGACAUAACUACGGUAUCUACACAGUUACCGACCAAGAUCCUAGAACAGCUAAGGAGAUAGCUCUGGGUAGGUGUUUUGAUGGAACAUCCGAUGGCUCUUCUAGGGUAAUGAAGAGUAAUUUGGGAGUGGCUCUUACUUUCAACUGUCUGGAAAAGGAUCUAACACAACAGAGUGUUUUUGGCGGAAAUGGGCUGGCAGCUUCAAGUGUCGCCAGAGAAGGGGGCAGAAACGGAAGGCAACAAAGAGCCAGUGCCAGGUCUCGGCAGAUUAGCAGAACGGGCACUUUCUCAAGACAAGGACGUUCUCAGUAAGACAGCAAGAAUGUUAUUACAGAUAAAUAAUGUAUCCCUUACCUCCUGCAGCAUGGUACAGUUACAGUACUGCCAUAAUUAAAAUUUUAAUAUCCAAUUUAAAAUCAAUGUCUUGGUUGAGAUGAAAGGCGCUGUAGCUCAAUAUAUUCACAUAUCGGUACCUGUAUUCAAAUCUUCAUUCAGUAACAUCGCCAAUGAUUUGCGUGAAGUCUUUAGGAAAAAGGAUUAGAAAUACAGA